GAAAAUAAAAACAAAAAAACAAAAAGGCUCCGAGAGAAGAUCGAUGGCCCGUACGAAGCAGACUGCCCGGAAAUCGACCGGAGGCAAGGCUCCGAGGAAGCAACUGGCGACGAAGGCUGCCCGGAAGUCGGCUCCGACGACCGGAGGAGUGAAGAAGCCGCACAGGUACCGGCCAGGAACGGUGGCUUUGCGUGAGAUCCGAAAGUACCAGAAGAGCACGGAGCUGCUGAUAAGGAAGCUUCCGUUCCAGAGGCUUGUUCGAGAAAUAGCGCAGGACUUCAAGACGGACCUGCGUUUCCAGAGCCACGCCGUGUUGGCGCUGCAGGAGGCGGCGGAGGCCUAUCUUGUUGGUCUCUUUGAGGAUACAAAUCUCUGCGCCAUUCAUGCCAAGCGAGUCACCAUUAUGCCCAAGGAUAUCCAACUCGCCAGGAGAAUCAGGGGUGAGAGGGCUUAAUGACUUUGCUCCUCCGGGAUCUAGGGUUAAUUGGUGGAAUUAUUAUGAUUAAGGGAUUUAGGGUUUUUUCUUCUUUAUAAUUUACUAUGGUGUUUUAUAAUAAAUGUUCAGAAUUUUAAGAUUUAUUGCCUUUAUUUUGUUGACCCUCCAUUUUCUUCUUGCAUUUCGUUUAAUUUAGUAAAAUAUAUAGUUUAGGUCAAUAUGUACUCUUUAAUUUGAAGAACGUACCAUGUAUGUUAAUUUCCAUGAACUUCAUACUUCAUCAAG